CUGCGCGGCUCGCGGGCCCCGAGCGCCGGCGCGGGCGAGCGGCGGAGGCCGGCGCGGCGGCGGCCAUGGACCGCUUCGUGUGGACCAGCGGCCUUCUGGAGAUCAACGAAACCCUGGUGAUCCAGCAGCGCGGCGUGCGCAUCUACGACGGCGAGGAGAAGAUAAAAUUUGAUGCUGGGACCCUCCUCCUUAGUACACACCGACUGAUUUGGAGAGAUCAGAAGAAUCAUGAGUGCUGCAUGGCCAUUCCUUUGGCCCAGAUUGUGUUCAUUGAGGAACAGGCUGCUGGCAUUGGGAAGAGUGCCAAAAUAGUGGUCCAUCUGCACCCAGCGCCUCCUAACAAAGAACCUGGCCCAUUUCAGAAUAGUAAGAACUCUUACAUCAAACUCUCCUUCAAAGAACAUGGCCAGAUAGAGUUUUAUAGACGUUUGUCAGAGGAAAUGACACAGAGAAGAUGGGAGAACAUACCAGUUUCCCAGUCAUUACAAACAAAUAGAGGAUCUCAGCCAGGAAGAGUAAGGGCUGUUGGAAUUGUAGGUAUUGAAAGGAAACUGGAAGAAAAAAGAAAAGAAACUGACAAAAACAUUUCUGAGGCCUUCGAAGACCUCAGCAAGCUAAUGAUCAAGGCUAAAGAAAUGGUGGAAUUAUCAAAAUCAAUUGCUAAUAAAAUUAAAGAAAAGCAAGGUGAUAUCACAGAAGACGAGACCAUCAGGUUUAAAUCCUACUUGCUGAGCAUGGGAAUAGCUAACCCAGUUACCAGGGAAACCUACGGCUCAGGCACACAGUACCACAUGCAGCUGGCCAAACAGCUGGCUGGAAUAUUACAGGCGCCUUUAGAGGAGCGAGGGGGAAUAAUGUCACUCACCGAGGUGUACUGUUUAGUCAACCGAGCUCGAGGAAUGGAAUUGCUCUCACCAGAAGAUUUAGUGAAUGCGUGUAAGAUGCUUGAAGUGCUGAAAUUACCUCUCAGGCUCCGGGUUUUUGACAGUGGAGUCAUGGUAAUUGAGCUUCAGUCCCACAAGGAAGAGGAAAUGGUGGCCUCAGCCCUGGAGACGGUUUCAGAGAAGGGUUCCCUAACAUCAGAAGAGUUUGCUAAGCUUGUGGGAAUGUCUGUUCUCCUAGCCAAAGAAAGGUUGCUGCUUGCAGAAAAGAUGGGCCAUCUUUGCCGAGAUGACUCUGUGGAAGGCUUACGGUUUUACCCAAAUUUAUUUAUGACACAGAGCUAAAGGGUUUGCAUUUGAAAUACUUCAUGUUCAUACACUUGCAUCGUUUAGCAGUUGUGUGACACUAAGCUAAUUGGUAAAUCCUGAUUAAACUGAGAAUUCAGUAGGACUUCAUAGUAUAAUAUAAAACUUUUAAAAUCACUCCCUAAAUAUUACGGUCCUGGAAACUUAUUUAGGAUAUAUAAAGAAAAUACAGAAAAAUGAAUGCCAGUAUGAAUUUAAAAUCAUGCUAUAUCUGUGCAGAACCUUCAGAGCUUAACUUAAAACAUAGCAGGUUUUAACUUGAAUCCCAUUGUCUUACCAUUUUAUAGAGAAUUUAAGUUCUUGGGGGAAGAAAAAGAGAAGCAGCUGCAUGUUUGGACAGCUUAGAUUAUUGUUUUGAUGUUCAUGGGAUUAAGUGUUUUUCUUUGUGUCUGAUGUGCCUAUUUGAGGCAGAGGGUACAUGAAGGAGGUGGUUGUUACAGGGUAGUUUAAGAACCCAGCUGCACUGGAACAGAAUAUCAAACUGCAGAAUGCUGUACAAGGCUCACUAAGGGGUUUUCUAGGCGGUCUUAAGCAUGUCUUCAACAGAGUAAAUAACAGACCUUUAGAACAGGAGCAGGCUGGGGUAUGGCUCAGAGGUGCUACAACAUUCACAAAGCCCUGGGCUCCAUCCACCCCCAGCAUGGCAGCCAAAAGAAAAGAAAAGAAAAGAAAAAAGUUAACGUAUAUACACUUCAACUAGUUUCUUUUUAUUUAUUUUUUAGUGAUGAUUUCAUGGCUGGCAUUUACAGAAUGAAACUGUAUAAUUAUGUUUUUAAAAUGCUGUGGAUUUUGAAAGUAAAUUAAAGAGCCGUAUAGACCUGCCCAGAGUUAUGAUUACAGAUUUGGGAGCCAGACAGUUAGGAAUUCCCUAGGAUUGUUGUAUAAGUUGAAGAGCAGAUGGAACCUUUAACUACUUUAACUCACAGGAACCUGAGUGUGCUUUUACUUGGAAGCCAAGGAUGAGAAAUAGAAAAAUAGAAAAACCGAUAAACUCCUUUCUCCUCUUCUCUCAUAGAAGAGUCUUAACACUGAACUUUAGAAAUCUUUCUAUCAUAUUCUAGCAAUAUUUUUUCCUUUUUCCAUAUACAUUGUGAGUUGUGUAGAGAAACUGUCUUGGUAAAAAAAAUUUUUUUGUUAAAUUUUUAAAAAAUUUUACCGAGAAAAUAUAAACUGGCCAGUGCCACCUACAGAUUGCUUGAAUGUUAAAGUAGACUGCCUGACUUUGUAUUUUUCCACUCUCCAGUGUAUAGUGUGUUGGUCUUGCUCAUACUCAGGGACACACAGGACAGAAGGAAACUGAGCAUGAUUUGGGAGUGGAAAGGAAGUGGGGUGUUCACCAAGCCUCCAGGAGGGGUAGCACCUACACGGGGGGGGGGGGAUGCCCAAGUGCACACUCUGGGGUCUCCAAGACGGUUUGCACUGGGUGGGGUGGAAGCCACUGCCAGAGGCCACUGUAGAUGCCCUCUGAGGAAGUGCUAAGGUCCUCAGCCACCAAACCAGGGCUCCCAACCCUGGUCCCUUCCCGAACAGUGGCUGUUUGUGCUAUGGCCCGCCAGUGUCACAGGAAUGCUGGGGCCAAGGCAUUGUGCUUUAGUCUUCAUUUUCUAAAGCUGUCACUGACUGUUCAUUGUGGUGACAGGUCUCUUAAUUACCUCAUUGCUCAGCCUCAGGUUUAUUUGGGGGGUAAUUCAGUGAUGUCUGGCUGCCCAAGUCUUGUAGGGGUUAGCUGGACCACUGUGUAUGUCUUGCCUCUCUGGGUUUCACACACUGUCACAUGACUCUGACAGACUUGUACACACACAUACAUGCACAAAUGCACACAAACCUGGUAUCUCAUUUGUCUAAGCUUAACAUUAAAAGUGAUAAAGGAUCUUGUUUCACCAGUUGAAACAGUUGCAAGUAGAGUUGUUGGAGCUACUGGGUCUAGCUCUAAAGGUUUGGAUUCAUUAGGAAAACCUACAUAAUUUAGUAUAUUUAUUUACAUUAGUGUGGUAACGGACUAACAAAAUGGGGUAAUCUGAGUUCUAUAAAGUGAACUAUAGGGAAGAAAAAUGACAUGAAUAUACUUUGCAAAUGUCACAUCAUUUAAAAACAAGUGAUUUUUAUUAUUUUAUUUUUAAAGUGGGCAUUCUUCACUGUUUCUAGACCCCUGUAUUUUUAUUUUUUGCCAAAUUAGGUGUUAUUUUGGCCCUUUAUUGGUAGAAGUCAACCAGUCAGGCGCUCUAAGUACAAAAACGUUCUGCUUGGUGCUUCUCACUUGUAUAAUUAUUUUUGAUUUCCUAACUGUGCUCUUAAGAGCAUGAAUCUCUUUAUAGCUUUAUUGUAAUGGAAUAUUUCUAUUCACUAUCAAGGAUAAUUUUUUUACAUUGUAUUAAGUGAAAGUUGUUUUCAGGGUUAACUGAUUGGUAUUAAUGUAUAUAAAGUAAAAUUAUUUCAAAAUUUUAAAAUGAUUUUGUUAACUUGGUAUUUUAAAAAAUACUCUAAAAAUAUUUGAAAACGUUAGGCAUUAGUCAUACUGUCAAAAUGUUAAGAAUUUUUCUUUUAAAUUUUAUAAUUAAGCAUUGCUUAUAAAUAUUUAUGACUUUGAGGUCUUACUAUUUUAGUUAUCUCUAAGAAAUAGGAAAGAGGCAUGAAUUAUUUCUUUGCUUUUUCCUCAAACUCUUCCUGUGAAUUCCACUGUAGACUGACUGCAGAUGCGCUGUGUCGUGUUCUCACCAGCAGAGGUGGACCAGACGUGAACUCAUAUAUUGUUGUUCCCAUACUCAGAUCCUUAAAAAGGUUCUCUUUUGCCCAGCAAUCACAAAGACUUUAUUUUGGAACAGUGGAGUCCACAACUUGUAACGUGGUUAGGUUUUUGUUUUUGUGGUACAGGGAAUUGAACUCAGGACCUCAUGCUUGCCAGGCAGGUGCUGUGUCACUGAACUAAAUCCCUGGCCUCUGAGAUUAGGUUUUAAAGACUGCUGAAGGACAAAAUUAAGCACGCUCAAAGCGAGCCUUUAAAAUCUCUUCAGUUGCCAAUGGAGUUCCAAGUCUCAUUUCCUGUGGAGUGAUAUGUAGGUUUGAGUAUAUCAUACAGAUAGUAAGUCAAUGUAUAUUAAAACUGCAGACCACCAUUAGACUUUUCUAGUAUUAAUAAUUAUACUGUGUAAACGUGUGUGUCUUUUUGCCAAUAGGUAUGGUUGGGUUUGUGUAACUGUAUUACCGAUCCUGUCCCAAUCUAGAGUGUAAGCUCCACUCGGGCAGAGUUCUUUUCUUUGUUUAUGUAUAUGUCCCCAGAACCUAGAGCAGGGCCAGCACAGAAAACAUUGAAUAAAGAUGUAGUGAAUGAA